UCAUUUUCGAUGGAUUUUUGUUUAUUUUGUUGUUUAGUUUGUGGAUACUUGUCGCUCAAUUUUAUUAAUAAAUUUCUCAUUUUAUCAUAUCUUUUUCAAUGGGCAGGGAUGCCCAUGCUUGGUAGUAUUGCCAUUCUUCGGUCUCAUAUUUUAAGCAGAAUACAUGGGUCCAAAGGAAGGUCACAUGGACAGCAUUCUGUAGACGUCACUAUAGGGGUAGAGUCGCCCUCGCUCUGAAAAAAGACACCAUGCAUGUAAGAGAACGCACACUUUCUCUCUCCCUUCGACUCUCUCUCACUCUCUCACUGAAAAACGACGAAUGAAGGUGAGGAAAAAGGAAAAGAAAAGAAAUCAAGACUGUGCUGUGCACCAGCUGAGAUUUCAGAAGCGCGUCUCUGCAAAUGAGAUCCCCCCAUGGUUGCCUUGUUAAAUAAGCAAGAAAGUCUCUCUUUCUCUCUCCCUGGCUCUCUCUGUCUGGGCAAGGGUAUGCAGCACAGCAAUGCAGAAGGGAUGGGGGUGACCCAGAGAGUGUCCAGCCCCCGGUUCUCAGGCCCAAUGACAAGAAGGACCCAUUCUUUCAAGGUGGGCAGCAGCCACGACGUAGAACUUCAACUCCACUCCCCAAAAUCAGAGAACCCAAUUCUUGAAACACAGGAUAGCAGCGCAGCCACCACCAGUGGCAGCAUCCCCACUACUACCACCACCAACAGCUUCCUCCAUCGUUGGUUUAGUUACCGGCCGAGGCCUCUGUUUGGGAAGGGCCUGCUGAGGAAGCCAUCAUCACCAUCGCUAUUGGAUUUUGGUGUUAGCGCGUGUCGGAGAAAGAGGUUGGGCCACCUCUUGCUCUAUGCCCUUUGUGGGGCGUGCUUGUUUCUUGCAGUAUUGAAGAUCUCCACUUCAGUUUGGAUUGGAUCUGGCGUCGAUGACAUAAAUGAUUUCACGGAAUAUUCCGGUGGUGCCUCGUCUCAGAGCGGAGAAUCAGGUUCUAAGAACGAGAAGUGGUACAUUCAAGGUGCUGAUAGCGACCGUUCCUUGAUGAUGGUUUCAUCAGUUGUGGCUGAAAGCUUAACAAACAAGCGCGAAUACUUGGAGAUCUGGUCCAAGCCAAAUAGUGAAGAAUUCAAGCAGUGUAUUGAUGGACCGAAAAGCUAUAAAAGACCAGAUUCUGAUACGAAUGGGUUUCUCCUGAUAAACGCAAAUGGUGGUUUAAAUCAGAUGAGAUUCGGGAUAUGCGAUAUGGUUGCUGUUGCUAAGAUCAUGAAGGCCACUCUUGUUCUUCCUUCACUGGAUCACACUUCCUACUGGGCCGAUGAAAGUGGGUUCAAGGACCUAUUUGACUGGAAGCACUUUAUGCAUACACUGGAGGAUGACAUUGACAUCGUUGAGACAUUACCUUCUAAUUUUACAGAAAUUGAGCCCUUCAGGAAGACCCCUAUCUCUUGGUCUAAGGUCAAUUAUUACAAAUCUGAGGUCCUUCCAUUGCUUAAGCAUCACAAAGUUAUCUACUUCACUCAUACUGACUCACGACUUGCAAACAAUGGACUUCCGAGUUCCAUACAGAAACUUAGAUGUCGGGUAAACUAUAGAGCAUUGAAAUAUUCAGCUCCAAUUGAAGAACUUGGGAAAACCUUGGUUUCACGGCUGCGGAGAAAUGGAAACCCUUACAUUGCUCUGCACCUUAGGUAUGAAAAGGACAUGCUCUCUUUCACUGGUUGCAGUCAUAAUUUGACUACUGAAGAAGGUGAUGAACUCCAUCGCAUGCGCUAUGAGGUAAGCCAUUGGAAGGAGAAAGAGAUAGAUGGUGCUGAGAGAAGGAAGCAGGGAGGGUGCCCCCUGACUCCCAGGGAGACUUCUCUUCUAUUGAAAGCAUUGGGAUUCCCUUCAACUACAAAUAUCUAUUUGGUAGCUGGGGAAGCAUAUGGGAAUGGGAGUAUGCAAUAUCUGAAGAAUGACUACCCCAACAUAUACUCUCAUUCUACUCUUUCAACAGAGGAUGAACUAAGCCCUUUUGAGAAUCACCAGAACAUGCUUGCUGGAUUGGACUAUGUUGUUGCCCUUGAGAGUAAUGUCUUCGUUUAUACAUAUGAUGGAAAUAUGGCAAAGGCUGUGCAAGGACACCGAAGAUUUGAGAAUUUCAGAAAAACCAUAAACCCAGACAGGCAGAAUUUUGUAAAGCUUGUUGAUGAACUGGAUGAGGGGAAGAUCUCAUGGAAAAAGUUCAGUUCAAAAGUUAAAAGGCUUCAUCAAGAUCGUAUCGGAGCACCAUAUUUCAGAGAACCUGGUGAAUUCCCAAAGCUAGAGGAAAGUUUCUAUGCUAAUCCUUUACCAGGCUGUAUUUGUGAGACAAACCGUAGGAAGUAGAAAGGAACUUGAACUCUAUAAACUACUCUUUUAUGUGGGAAGAGAAAAUUAACCUACCAGGACAAGAUUGAUCUGCUGCCUCGGGAUGGCAAUCAGCUUUUAUCAGUUUGUUACAAGAAAAACCAUUUUACUGGAACAAAAAUGGUUUCAGUCCUCCCUUUCCGAAACUGAUAAUUAGAGCUGGUUGACUACAAGUUGAAUAUGAAGCUCCACUGUUGACAUGAAGAGCAGAACCUUCAAGGUAUGGAGGCAGUAUAUGCUGCAAAAUCUUUGAUAGAUACUGGAAAGGUUUAAAUCGAUCAUCUUAGUACAAAGUUGGAUCAUUGGUCCGACAAUACAAAUUUUUCUGAGUGGUAUAGACAUAUAUAUAUAUAUAAAUAUAUUGCUGCUUGGUCUGAAGAAGUGAGAGUGCUCUCCAGGUGUCACUCUCGACGCUAAUUUUUGGAGGAAGAGGGAGAACCUGCAGAUAAAUGUGCAAAGACAUUCUUUCAGUGAUUUCUUGUUAUUCUUUGGUUCUUUAUGUAACCGUGUAAUUCCGAACACUAGAAUCAGACAGCGUUCAAGCAGGUAUCCUCCUGCGCUGCAGUGAAUGUUAUAUGAAGGAAAUAUACUAUGAUUAUUCUUAAAAACCAUGUAAUAAACAAUCACACUUGUGAUAGUUAAACCGCUUUACUUUUAUCUA